AUGACAACCGACUCUUCCAGCAGCACCGGAGUACCGUCGGAUUUCCCUUCCACCCUCAGCCUCCUCUUCUCCCGCCCUAGCUCCUCAAUCCCGCUGCUUCCACGCCAGCCCUUCGACGGGUCACUCACUUCUCUCAUUCACAAGGAAGCCACGAGUGCAUCCUGGUCCCCAGCCCUCGAGGCCAGCGUCCACCUCCUGAAUGACGAUCUCGACUCGGCCCACGACAUUGUAACAGAUCUCGAGCAUGUUCCCAUUUGCGCGCUGCCGCACGGCGUGCUUCAUCGCCGGCAGGGCGAGUGGUGGAACUCGCAGUAUUGGGCGAGCCAGUUCCCUUCAGCAGGCAGAAACGCCUGGGUGAAGGAGACGUACGGCGAGCGUGGGGCAAAAGGGUUUUUUGACGACGUGAAGAAGGUCGCAAACGGGAGCAAGGGCGGAAGCUCGGCUUGUGGUGCAAAGAACGCGUUGGACGGGGUGAAGGAGCAACAGGAAAAGGAGUUGAAAGGAUUGGUUGUGUGGAUGUGGGAGCAGGACGGGCGCAAGUGA